ACAAACACACACAGAGUCACACACACACACUCACUCACACACAGAGCGAGAGAGAGAGACAGAGAGAGGGAGAGUGAUUGGAUUUUCAUCCAUGCGCUCAAGACGCACAGACUCAGUUGCACAACCAGAAGCUCCAACGGGCUCCAAGCAGCAGAAGACCCUCAGCGCGCCUCCACUCCGGCUCCAUCCAGCUCUCCCUGCAGGCGGAUAUCAUCUGCUCCUCAUAACACUGUCUGUCGGGUGAAGGAGAACCGGAUUUUCGAGGAGCCAACAAAUCCAUCUUUUUUCGUCUUGACUUCUGAAGACAUGCAGCGGUGCACAGCGGUGCUACUUGUGUUAGUGGUGUCCUUGUACUUCCUGAGCGCAGAAGCCUACAAGUGCAGGUGCACCAGAAAAGGACCGAAGAUCCGAUAUAAGGAUGUACAGAAGCUGGAGAUCAAACCCAAACACCCAUACUGCCAAGAGAAGAUGAUAUUCGUGACGAUGGAGAACGUGUAUCGGUUCAAGGGGCAGGAGUACUGUCUUCAUCCCAAACUUCAGAGCACCAAGAAUCUGGUGAAAUGGUUCCGCAUCUGGAAGGACAAGCACAGGGUGUACGAGGCUUAAAACGUCGUCAGACCCAGCCCACGUGGAUGGAGCGAGACUCAAAAAAGACGCCACCACCACCAGAACUGUUUUCACGGAGUACAGGAUGUUAAAAUGUACUUCUCCCUCUUCUGCCUGAGAUCUGUCAAACGCACUAAGAGAUAUCUUUAGUUCAUGUACACGCCGGUGGGCUCAUUUUAGUCGGCCAUCAUCGUAGCUGCAGUCACUCACCACUUCAGUCUCACAACUGUAAUUAUACUUGUCGAAUAGUGGACGAGAUGCCGCCAUCUGUGUUCAGACAGCUCUAGGUUUGAUCCGAUGUGAUUUAAAGGGACUUCUCUUUUGCUUUCUAGGCUACUUUCAAAACUGAAAGAAGGAGAACGUGUCCUUCUUAAGAAACGAGCGAGCCUUUCUUUGACAGAAGCAGCAUAGGUCUUUCUGUCGUUAAGAUUUCCAGUUCUCUGUAUUCAGUAUGACAGGUGUAAUAUUUUUACAAUACCAACACACUUGGGAUUUUGUCACCUAUGAUUAAAAGGUCGUAGAUGCAGCAAUUGAGGUUCUCAAUGAAUCUGAUUCAAUGAAAGUGUAGAGCAAGAGGCAGUGGUCAAAUAUACACUAAUACAGAUGUUACUAUCGUUCAGCCACAUAGAGAUCUAUCCCUGUGUGUGUGUCUGUGUGUGUUAAUAAGGUCCAUACCCGUCACACGUGUAAAAAAAAAACACCACUCCGCAGCUCGCUUGUUCCACUAAACAUGCAUUGUUUACUCUCAGUAGAUAUUGAAAUGACAAAUAGUUCACAUGUGCCAUUCCUACAUAAAUUACAGUCUGUGGAUUAGAGUAAAAAAAUAAAUAAAUGAUUAUCAUAUAACACAAAGAACUCAAGACUGUGCAGUUUACAUCAACAAAAGAGGAUCUGUUUCAUCCUUUCUAUUUUUUCUUUUAGCUCCAUCUGUUCAGACAAUUAAUCUUCCACAAACUGUCUAUGUAAGCAUGAAACUAUGACAACAUCCUUAAAGGCAAACACACAAUAUACCGAAUCUAUUUGUCAUUGUGAGCUAUAGUAUCCCAGGAAAAUAUCCAAGUCAACAAAGCUGUACAUAUUAUCAGUCUGUCGAAAUUCUCCAACAUGAGGCUCAUUCGUUCCUACUGAUGAUGUAAAUCUUUAAAACUCGACCGCUCUGCUGGUUCAAGCUUAAGUUCUGUCCAAUCAGUGUCUUCAAACAUGGUCAGUCAAUAUUUUAAAUAACUUCCUACUACAAGACCAGUGUGUAGAUGUUAGGGAAUAUUUUCACUUGUGGAUUUAUACAUAUUUGGUUAUUUAUGGCUGCACAAUGACGUCUC